UGACCUCAAACGUCAGAUCCUUCUCAAUGGUGAGGACAGAGAGCCUUGUCGGCCAUUUUGUCUUCAUCAGGGGCCCUGUAAUCUGAAUGCUGACUCACCAGAGGCCUGUGAACCUGUGUGAAAGUGUCUGCCACACAGCAGCAGGAUGUGUUCGCUGCCAGUUUAACCAUCAUUUGAAUACUGACUCUCAGGAGAACUGGAGGUGUGUGUAUCCAGGAGGGUUUGAAUACUGAAGACAGAGUUGGACAGAGGGAACACGGACGGACAGACGGACGGACGGAGGGACAGAUGGACGGACGGAUGAACACAUGAACGGCUGCCAGAGGAAUGAAGCUGUGACAGGAUGAACGAACACCUGCUAACCACUCCCAUCAUGGCCGGCCACAACACCUCGGUGGCAGCGGAAUUGCUGGUGGCGUGUUUCCAUGACGACGAUGCCUUCAAGUACCGUGCUUACACCUUCACCUACCUGCUGCUGUUUCCUGUGGCCUUCCUGUGCAACAUCGGAGCCCUGGUGGUGUUCUUCCUGCAGAGCAGCCGCAGGAGCUCCGCCUCCUGUGUUGUCAUGAUGAACCUCGCCCUAUCAGACGGCAGCUUCUCCCUCACCCUCCCCCUGCGACUGGCUUAUUACUUCAGGGGUGGAGUGUGGGACUUUCCUGAUUGGCUGUGCCGACUGUGUGUCUUUGGCUUCUAUGUCAACCUGUACACCAGCAUCCUCUUCCUCACUCUGCUGAGCAUACUCCGAUGGCUCGCUGUAGCCCAGCCCCUCCGUCACCGCUCUCUGGCCACGCCCACUCGAACCGUAUUGGUCUGCUUGGGAGUCUGGCUGUUUGUGGGCUUGUCCUCUGCUCCCUUCCUGUCCAACGGGGUGACGAACAGGGCGGGGCUACCUCGUUGCUUCGAGCCGUCCAGCCCCUCCUCUUGGGGGCGUGUCCUGAUCUUAAACUACGUGGCGUUGGCUCUGGGCUUCCUCCUCCCUUUCUUCAUAAUUAUUGUGUGCUACAGCAGAAUCGUCCGACGCCUGACGGCCCGCUCCAGUAUCCAUGGCAGCGGCCUGUCCAGCAACGCUAGACGUCGCAACAGACGGCGCUCGGUGCACCUGGUUACCAUGGUGACAGCAACCUUCCUGCUCUGCUUUCUGCCCUAUCACGUGAUUCGAUCCCUGCACCUGCAUGCCGUUUGCGGUGGCUGGAACUGCAACGUCGUCGUGGCGCUGCAGCGGGCGGUGGUGGUGACGCUGUGCCUGGCGGCAUCAAACAGUGUGGUCAACCCCCUGCUGUACUACUACUCCACCAGGACGUUCAGAGACAACAUGAGGGACGCUCAUUCCUCUCUUUUGUCCAGCAGGGGGGGGUCCUUCAGAUCCGGACUGACCCUGAUGAGGAGGAGGAACACCACCUGACACACCUGUUCCUCCGUCAGACUCUCACUCAAAUCUGAAGCAGCAUCACUGAACUGAAAGUUUUAAUGUUGGAUUAUAUUUCACACGUUGUGUCUAAUCUCUGUCUCUUCACGUCGCCUGCAGCUGACUCAGGAGAACCACGUGUACACUGGAUCUGAAGUUUGCUCGAGGAGCUCACGUUCUCACGUCUGCCCCCAGGUGUUUCUGGGAGUCUGCGACAUUCAGAAGUCCCGGGCUCGUUGAGGGGCCCAGGUGUUGUUUAGGUCUCAGCUUGUAACAAGGUCAGGUGUGGUUUUAUAGA